ACUAACCUCUAAAGUUCGAAUUGCGGAGAAGCUCCCGGCUGCCGAACUUUUAGACUUUUACUUUUUGACAAAAUUCCGGGGCAUUAUCCUCGGCUGUGUAGCACUCACUUCUCGGGUUUAUUCGUAGGUGCUUUGCGUGUCAUCUCUUCUCCAGAUUUUGUGCAUUUUCUCCCCACAGUCAAGUGCCUGGGUAAUGAAGUGUUGGCUGUAAACAGAAGAAUUCUUACUGAAGCCUGCAUUUUUUCACGAUGUCCUCUACUGAGGCUUUUAGUAAUGGAGAAAAUAUGGCACAAAACAAAGACGCAGAGGCAAUGAUAGUGGAAGAUGAAAAUAAUCUAUCACAGAAGGAAAAUAACGCAGCACAGAAUGAAAAUUCUGUGACCAAGAAUGGCACUAACAACCCUCAUGCUUCUACAGCACCUGCUUGUAGUGCUAAAAAAAAGAAAAAAAUGAAGAGGAAAUUUCCGAAUGAAGCUACUGGAGUUGCUGCUGCUAUGAAACGGCCAAAACUGUCACUAAUAACAGGGAUAACAGGGUUGGUAACACCUGCUUCAAAGUUGAAUGAAUUUUAUCCUGGGCUGAAGUAUGAAGUCUCGAACCAAAAAGGCCCCUCACAUAAUCCAAUAUUCACAUGCACAGUAAAGGUAAACGAUCAAACAUUCACUGGCACCGGAAAGUCCAAAAAACAAGCAAAGCACAAUGCAGCCCAAAAUGCUCUCAAAGGCUUGAAUAUCCCCACGUAUCUUGAUCAGGAAGUCAUGGCUGAUCAGCUGACAAAUGGCAACUCAACUGCUCCUCGAUCAGCACCUUUGUUCAGCUCAUUUAGCAGCCCCAAUGAGUCUGGUUCAGGCAUUUCGCCUGUCAGUGCAAACAGAAAUGCAUUGGCAGUGAUAAACGAAAUACGACCAGGCUUAGCAUGGAAGGUGAAUUUUGAACAAGAGCAGAUGAUCAACAAAUUUUUUGCCUCAAUCAUAAUUGAUGGAGAAGAAUUCACUGGUAGAGGUAUCAGUAAAAAAGCAGCAAAAAUAGCCGCCGCAUCAUCGUUCCUGGCAAAAAUAAAUGCGUCCCCCUUGAAUGCAAAUCGUCCGAAAUGUGAUUUCCAGCAGCUGAAUCCUAUUGCAAUGCAACUUCCUGGUGGCGCAUUAACCACGUAUCUUGCAGACAGUAUUGCUCGUGCAAUUGAAAACAAAUUUCUAUCGAUGGCAUCAAAAGUUCCUUCGCUAUCAAAGUACAAAGUCCUAGCCGGUAUAAUAAUGACACGAGAUGAAAAUUACAGUAAUUUAGAAGUGGUCUCUUUUGGAACGGGUACCAAGUGUAUAAAUGGAGGUAAACUUAGUCUUGAUGGAUACUGCGUCCACGACUGCCACGGAGAGAUUCUAUCAAGGAGAGCUCUUUGCUCUUUCUUUUAUCACAACCUUCACCUCUUGUCUAAUCCAGAUCAAGCCAAACACUCUAUUUUUGAAAAAUCCACGGAUUGGGAUGGCUACGAAUUGAAGAAAGGAAUCAGAUUUUUCCUCUACAUCAAUACAGCUCCUUGUGGGGAUGGAAGAUUAUUCUCACCCCAGGAAGAGAAAGAUCAGCAACUGACCCCAGAUAAGCAUCCGAAUAGAAUCAAUCGUGGCCUUCUGCGAACUAAGAUUGAAUCCGGUGAAGGAACUGUUAAACUGGAUGAAAACAAGAAACUGCAAACUUGGGAUGGCAUAAUUCAGGGCGAGCGCUUGCUGACCAUGUCUUGUUCAGAUAAAAUUGCCAAGUGGAAUACUGUGGGACUCCAAGGUGCUCUUCUUUCCCAUUUCGUCAAGCCGGUGUAUCUCACAGGAAUUGUGAUCGGCAGCUUAUUCAGUCCUUCACACUUAUACAGAGCUGUGAUUGGCCGUCUAGAAGGAACGUUGCAAGCACUUCCUCCUCCCUAUAGACUCAACAAACCUCUUUUAGAAACAACGAGCUCUAAUACAGAAAGACUAGCUAGUAAAACUCCGAACCAUGCUGUUGUUUGGAGUGCAGAUAUGCUGAAUGUAGAAGCUAUGAACGCAAUUAACGGAAGGCAACUUGACACAAGUGGAGUACCCUGCAUAAGUAAAAGAAAGCUCUUUGAAAAAUUCCUUCAAAUCGCUGAAAAAGUGCCUAGUCCUAAUUUUACCCAUCUUUCAUCUUUAACCGUGUAUUCAGAAGCAAAAAAGGCUGCAAAGCUGUACCAGGAAGCAAAACUACAAACGUUCAAAGCAUUUUCCCAGGGAAAGCUAGGUGAUUGGCUGAAGAAACCUGCAGAAGUAGACGAAUUCGAAGUCGCGCCUGCAGAUGUAGAGAUGAAACAUUGAUUUAUGUGUUUGUUUUAACUUUACUAACUAUUCUGAAAAGGAAGUUCAAACGGUUGUGGUGAAGUUAAGUCAUGGACCACUUAUUGCUCUUCAUUGUUGUUCCGACUAAAAACCCCUAAUUUUAUCACUGAUUUAUGAUGCACUUGUUGAAAUACGUUAGAUCUCAUUUAUGUCACAACUUAUUCUUUUUUAGCAAGUUCUCUCAUUUUUCCACGUCAGGUUCUUCAGUAAUGUUUUUCAAUAUAUUUUUAUCACUCCUCUAGAAAAUGGGAGUACCCGUGUAAUGUUAUCUCUAAGGUUAUUCAACCUUAUCCCAGUCAUUAGUGAUAUUAGAAUCACAUAGAUAUCUUGAUGCGUUAGAUUUAGCAUUAGUAACAAUUAGAAUUGUUACAUUCUCAAACUGUCGCCUUUACGUGUUUUUCAAUGCAUAAUUUUAUCCUUAAUUUUCCUUGUAGAUGAUCGAAAGUUCCUCUAAACCAAUUCUCUCUCUUUUUUAUAUAGGCUGCAAAUGGCUGAUGAAAUAAUCAUCUCCAAAAUAAGCUUGCUCAGUGAUUCUUACAUUUUUAAAAAGUAGCACUUGGCUCAAAGGAAUUUUCCCGGAUUUUUUUUUUCAUCGCUAAUUACUAAAAAACGAGUUCAAAGAUUCGUACUUUUAGUCUUGAUUGAUUGAAACGUCCAUUACUUCAAAAGUCAAAAUUGCAUCCAAAAAUAUUUGUCCAGCUUUGGGCACACUUUCAAACGCGUUACCCCUCAUCCAUGGUUUAUUGUCUGUGCUAAGGAAGAAUGUUGUACAAGACGUUGCCAGAUUUCCUUUUAAAAAUGGAAUCUCCCAGUAAAUUUUUCAAUAUCUUUCCUCCAAUUUUGUCUGGGAAUUUUUUUCGUAGUUUGAUCUCAAGUUUCUGACAAUUUCGAGGAAAAAUAUUCAUGAGUUUCUGCAAAAAUUAAUCUCUUCCGAGAGGAAAUUUGGCAACUUUCAAAUGUUCAAACAGCGUUUUCCUUCAGCAUGAAACUGUUUCCAAGGCAGAACUGACUAUCUAGGAUGGAUCUUUUCCAUUUUGACCUUUUGGUUUUCUCGGCGAUGCAAGUUUAAAUUGAGGCCUAAAAUACGCAACUUAGAACUCUUUUUUGUGGGUUGUUAUUGCUCUAAAAAUUCGAGGAAAACGGGUCUGUUGCAAUGGUUUCAAAACCGUUUUUAUGCUUGGACCAGCUAAAAAUAAUAAAAUCUGUCCAAACUGCGACUCUCUACGUUCAAUAUUUAUCAGGAUAAUGCGCUUUGAAAAAUUCGGUUUAUGACAUCAUCCACUGCAGUAGUGACAUCCAUGGUUUUCUCCACCCUGUUUUCAUCACUCAGUGUGACGCACAGUGGCACACUGGUCACUCAACAUGAAAGUCAUGAAACUCCGAUGAAAGCAAGGUGGAAGAAACCAAGGGUGUCACUACCGCAGUGGAUGACAUAAUAAACUGAAUUUUUCCGAGCGCUAUAUCUUGGUUAAUAUUGAAUGUGGAAAGCUGCUGUUUGGACAAGCCUUAUUAAUUUUAGUUAAUCUACAAGAAUCAAGCAUAAAAACUUGUUUCCGUGACCAGAACAACUGACCCAUUCCUGCAAAUGAAAAACAAAAAUGAUCCAAUAUAAUAAGAGCAAAUGAUGAUAUUCCCAAUCCUUCUCACCCUAUAACUAAAGAGAUUAUCCUUGGUCUUAAAAUUAAUGUCAGUUUAGAAAUCAUAAAUAUCAUAAACAUUUUUGAAAGCAUAAUUUUCUUUUCUUCAGGAUAAAAUUGAGUGUACAUUAAAAUUCCAGUUGCAAGUAUUGUUACUAUUAUAAUAAAUACUGAUGAUCUGUCAUCCAGUCUAUUUUUCUAAAAUGUAAGAGAUGAGAAUCACCGAAUAAGCUCAUUCUGUGUAUAUACAUUGCUAGUGGCCACAUACUUUUUUGAUGUGCAACGCUCAUAAUCACGGAUGUAGCUCAUAGAAGAGCCAAAAUUGGCACAAUCGUUUACCCUUUGUCUGCAAAUGCAAAUUAUUAUCGCAAAUUCUUGUCCAAAGGGUUGACUCUUGACUUUUUUGUAAACACCUGAAAUAGGACAGUAUAAUUUUGUGCAUAAUACUAGACUAACUUAAUCGUUACGUCACAAGAGUUUGAUUUUGUUAACAUUUUCAACUAAAUUGAAAAGAUCAACUGAUUGUGAUUAGUCCCUCCUCUUGUAACAGUGAGAAAAUUUAAAUUAAGCCACUUUCUUUUGGUUAAAAACAUCAAUUAUUGUACAGAAACAUUAAGAAUCGUGUAAUCAAGAAUCAUUGUGAAUCAUGCACCUGUGAUGUAGUUACCAUGUCAGCCCAGCGUUGCAUAGUGUUUGCAGUAUCUUAUUUCAAUUUCAUUUUCUUUCCUCCUCUCAUUUCUUUCUAUAAUUGAUGAUCAUCUGUAGUAUAGACUCAAAAAAAGUUUCUCAAAGAAGAAAAGGAAAAUGUCAAAAACGUGAGGGAAACUUCAUAAAUUUUCCUGAACUUGCACGCACAAAUCCAAUUUUGUUGAUUUCCCAAAAACUUAUCAUUCUCCUCAAAAUUUUGUCCCAGAAGCAACGUCAGUUUUAGGGCAAUCCUUCAAUUUUUUUUCACCAACACACAUUCAAUAAAUGAGAAUGAAAGAGUUUCGUUCAGCCUAGAAAAUAAAACAAUUUUGAAAUGAAAGAAAAAAUUAUGAUAAAUGAGUUUUCUGUCAAGUGUACGCACAAUUAUUUUUUUUCACCUUUCCAAAUUUUUUCUGAAGUCCAUACUACAUAUGUAAGGAAUGAUUUCAUUGUGCGCGUCUGUAUUGUUAGUUCAAAAGAAGUCAUUUUGCAUUUGGAGCAUUUUGAUCACUGAUAUUCCUCUAAUAGCAUGUGUUUUACCUCUCAACUAUUUCAGUCACAAUUUCAGCUAUGCUUUUCAAAAAUUACGUCAAUUCUCACUUGUGCGUGAAUCAAUAUCCAUCCAUGCUGCAAACUCGUUUCGACUUCUCCCCGGCAAAACGUGAUUACAUUUUUUAUACCAAUUGACGCAUAAGUGAGUGUUUAUGUUGUUUUCAAACUUUUUUCUGCAGUUGUUCAUAAUUAUCUUAUUUAGCUGUACUUUUGGCGCAAAAUGUUGUCAUAUAUUGUCAGUUACUUUCUAAUUCCAUGAAAUUCUAUCAUUUGAAAGGAACUUUAAGCUUACUAAGUUUUCAUUUGUUUUAUAUAAAGUAGGAAUGCCUCUGUUCUGUAAGCAAUACUCAUAGAGAAGAAACUGAAGGUGGUGCCUGUUCUUUCAUUCUUAUCUCUGGACGUUUCAAGUCAUGACCUGCCUUUUCCUUUCUUUCGCUCCUUGCUUUUCCACUCGAUUCUCAUUCUUUUCCUCUCUCUGAUUGGUUGUGCCUUAUUGCAUCAUUAAAAUGGUCGCCAAAAUUAAAACAACCAUCAUUUGCAGUUUUUUCUGUAUGAGCUCCCAGGAACGAAUCGUUAUUGAAGUGUUUCCAAACAACCCAUAAGAAAUAUUUAGUAAAAUCCCCACGAAAUAUUGAAAACCGAUUUAUAUUUGACCUUUGCAACAUGUCCUAUACCCAUUUAAAUCUCAUACAAUUUUAACCAUUGACAGUAAUUUGGAGCAAAGCGUUUUAGACUUUAAUUCGCUAUGCUGCAAAUGUGCUCCGUGUACUCAUCGUACUUUAAUUUUUUUCUUUUCUUUUUUCAUGAAGUUAUUGUAAAUACUUACUCUUCUCUUAGUUUGUUUUCUUUCACUCAAAAAAUGAAUUGUGGUUUCAUUCAUGGUUAGAUUAAAUAGACUUGAUUUUUUAGUCAA